UCGUUGUUCGAUCUUGGAAUCUGAGAACAUGUCGAGCCCGGUGGUGAAGUUGCUACAAGGGACUGUCCAAGGUGCUCUGAAAGAGGAUAUUUACGGAGGAAAGUAUCACAGCUUUCUGGGAAUCCCCUAUGCCAAGCCACCAGUUGGUGAACUCAGAUUUAAAGAUCCUCUGCCACCAGAUUCCUGGCUUGGGGUACGAGACUGCACUGCAGAAGCUAACAUUUCCCUCCAAAGGAACCUGGAUAACGGAAACAUCACUGGUUCUGAGGAUUGCCUUUAUUUAAAUGUUUUUACCAAAGAUUUGCCAAACGAACAAAGUGACAGGUUGAAGCCCGUGAUGGUGUGGAUCCAUGGGGGCGCAUUCAAAUCUGGAUCAAACUCCCUACUAGUGUUCGGCCCAGAGUUCUUAAUCACCGAAGAUAUCGUUUUAGUCUCAAUAAAUUACAGGUUGGGCUUGUUGGGAUUUCUGAGAUUGAAAGACUCAGAUUUUAAUGUUUAUGGAAACAUGGGACUUAAGGAUCAAACCGAAGCACUAAGAUGGGUAAAAAACAACAUACGAUCUUUUAACGGAGACCCCAAUAACGUAACAAUUUUUGGUGAGAGUGCAGGAGGUGCAUCAGUUCACUACCACGUCCUCUCACCUCUGUCAAGAGAUUUAUUCCACAAGGCAAUCAUCCAAAGCGGAACAGCGUUGAAUAACUUCAGCGAAUUCGAUCACAGUUCCGUUCAGAUCGCCAAAACCAUCGAUUCUGAUGUGAGAGACGAAUUGGAUGCGUGGCGAUUCUUCAAACAUGCUACUGCGGAGCAGCUCAUUCAAGCGGAAGAAAUUUAUAUAAAGAAAACUCCAGCCGGGAAGUUCAUAGGACCGGUCAUCGAAAAACCUCAUAAAAAAGCGUUUAUAACGCGGAGAGCGAUAGAUAUUAUCGCGUCUGAAGAGUACAACAAAGUGCCCCUCAUAUUCGGUUACACAGACCAGGAAGGACUCGUAUUUAAGGCUCAAAUCUUUGGAUCGAUUGCUAACAGAGAAAAGCCGUUUAGUAUGGAGGAUGUUUUUCCACGUAACGGCAACAAACUUUCAGAUAAUGUUAAGACUUUAGUGAAAAAACUAGAGAACUUCUAUUUGAAACAAAACGACCCUGAAGCUGGAAGAAUAAUGCUUGACACAGAUUGGACAUUUCUAUCUGGGACCUGGGCGAGCGUCAAAAACCAUGUUCAAACAUCGCCAUAUCCCGUAUAUCUAUACAAAAUGACAGUAGUGACAAAGCUGAAUUUUUUCAAAAUAUUAGCUCACUUGGAACAGUAUCCAGGCGUUUGCCACGGAGAUGAUAUAGGAUAUCUGUUCAAAACCUUCACCACUCCACCGAUAGAACCAGGUAGUCCAGAAGAAGUAGGUCUUCGCAGAUUCGUUAAACUGUGGACGAACUUCGCAACGCACGGAAAUCCCACUCCUGACCACGACGAGCUCGGUAUCACGUGGAAACCUGUCAUGAUCCGUCAGAUGAACGUACUGAAUAUCGGAGAAGAACUGAAGAUAGAAAUCAAUUCGGAAUCAAAGCGAUUGGCAUUGUGGAGGGAGAUUUACCAUCAACAUCCUUCUACGGUUAAAUACUUGUGAUUUUAAAACAAUAUAUAUGAUAUUGGCA